CAAGUGUCUGUGUUUUCGGGUGCGUGCUCGCCUUUGAGUGUGUGUGUGUGCGCCUCCAAAAGUGUUCAAUGUAAAAAUAAAAUAUCCGAUUAGGUUUUCUUUCAAGCACAACAAAAGCAACCUUGAAAAGGCAGCCAAGAAUCGCUUUUCUUCUGCCUUUCGGCUAUUUUUAUGCGUGUGGAAAUGCCUGAAAAGAUUUUCAAGUGUCCAAUCGGAAAACUCUCGUCGCGCAAUUGGAAAUACACCUUGGUCAUUUCCCUCCAUUGACGUGUGUGUCGGUAAUUGUCUGCAUUUCCAUUUACAUUCGGGGCGUGAUCAGCCAUUCUUGAACAGAAAACAAAAGUGUUGUUCGUUAAUAGUUCACAGUUGGGGCCAAAAUAAUAGUUGUCUUUUAAAUAAGUCCGUUAUAAAUGCUAAUUGACCGCAACUUUGAAUGAUUUUCACACCUUCGUUCGGUAGGUAGGAAGCAAAGCAAAAGGAACCGACUUUACGCACAAAAAAAAAGCAACCUUAAAGCGCAGCAGGAUGUGGAAAGCGAAGUAGAAAGGGCAGUAGACGACAGACAGCACGCAACGAAGGCCGGAAAACGUGUAGAAAUGACUCGCUAAUUAAUUAGCUAAAUAGGCAGAAAAACAGCGGCGAAAGUAGGUGUACCUUCCUAACACAACAACAACCACAACAAAAACUCCGAUUUGUUGCAAAAUUUAUAUCAGCGAAGGCUUAAGAUGACAUCAUACGCAAAUGACACAACUACCGCGGCACCAGCUCCACCAACAACAACUACGGCCACAUCAGCUGGCGAAGCACCAGUGGGAGCAGGAGUAGCAACAACAACAGCAGCAGGCAACGCCUCCCUGUCAGCUGUUGGGGACAUGGUCACAGCAUCUGAUUCAUCCAAGGCCAAGAGCGGGGACAACCUAUCCAUCGGACGAACGGUGUACGCCGAGGAAGAUGGCAACAGCAGCGAUGGACGCGAAAAGGCUGAUACAACGCCGGAGAACCUCAAGAAAAUCACGGAAAUCAUUGACAGUCCAGAUGGAUCCAAUCCGGCCACCUCCCCGCUUGCCUUGUCACCCCGUCACGUUCAGCUCAGGAAUCCAACAGCAAAUCCCGGUUAUGUAGGCCUCGGAGCGGCCAUUGACGAGUCCUGCGGCAAGUUUUGCCUUGGCAAGCCGCCACCAUCGCCGGCCGAAAAAGCGGCGGCACAAAGUAGAGCGCACCAGCAGCAGCAACAUGGCAGUUCUCCGAAGUCGGCUCCCGAUGAGGAGGAGAACUCGAGCGAGUCGAAUGCUACCACGAAAGCAGCUCUGGCCUUCACCAUUGAUCACUUUGACGAUGCCUCGGAGAACGAUGCAGCGGCUCAGGCGGCGCGCUACAAAAAUAUGAUGGAGCGCUUCCAGAAUCGACACAAGCGCGGUGCCUCCAUGUCAAAGCUAGAGACGGAGAAAGAUAACAACAAUACCAACACCACCACAACCUCAAACAGUGGACGACACUCACAGCGCAGCAGCUUGGAUGCAGGGAGCAGCAUGGCAGACGACAUAUCCUCCCUGACAGCAGCCACGCCCUCCAGCGAACAGGCGCCUCCAGUCCAAGUGAAGAUGCGGGUGAGAGAUCGUAGUGCGUCCCGGGUGAGAGAUGCCUCCAAGCGGCACAGUUGGUCGCCUAGGAGCUCCGCCAAUGCAGCAGAACCAGCACAGGCAGCGGCAGCACCAAGACCCGCAAGUAGAUCCAAACUGCCAGCACCGCCGGCGGCUACCAAGGGCACAACCAAUCUGGUGGCCAAUCGAACGACCAAUCAGUUUACACCACGCUCCACGGCCAUGCAGCUGGCCCUGCGCCAGGUGGAGAUGCUCUGUCCAGAGCCACCGCUGGCGGAUGGUAAAAAUCUAGGAGAUGAUGCAGUGAGUGAGGCGGGAACUUAUACUCUUGACGGGGAUAACUACACGGAGGAGCAGAAGGAUCUCAUGAAUAUUGACAGGAAUGGCAAGAAGGUAGGAGGAGGAGGAAGAGGAGGAGCAGGAGGAGGCGGAGGAGGAGAUGCUGCUGUCAAAAUGCGUCCCAAACAAUUGCCAGUCAAGGCAAAUCGAGGCAGCAAUGUCCUCGAGGUGAACUUCUACCAUGAAACGCCGCUGCAGGAGCAAUUGCCACCAGCUCAAAGAAGCUCAACAGGCGCCUACUUGGAUCAACUAAAAAGUCGCGUGCUGCGUCAGCCGGCUCCCCUAUCGCCACCCACUCCCCCCUCGCCGGCAGCGGAUGUUGGGUGCUUCACAAGUGUCACCACUAGUGGCGUGCUGGCCAAACAGCGUGCUUUGGACACCCAUCCCAAGCUCACCCGGCACUCGCAUAGUCUGUCUACCUCGCAGAUCGAUAGCUCCGAGUAUGUGAGCAAUGAGGCCAAGUUGAGGCAUACCCAGGCUUUGGCUGGUUCGGCCACCGAUCGCCAGAAGGCUGAAUAUCGCCUGAAUGUGUUCACCACCAGCACCAAUCAGCAGCAGCAGCAUCAUCAACACCAACAUCAUCAGUUUCCGGAGACGCCCACCACGCCAACAAGCACAACUCAGGGUUCAGAGGCCGCCCUCCUGCAGACGGCACAGACCAAGCAGGAUUGGAUUCAGGAAUGGGCACGUAAUGCUCGAGCUCGGAGUCUGGCGCAGGAUGUGAGUGGUACGAGCGCCAGUCGCCGGAAACAACAGCAGCAGCAGCAGGCCCAGGCACAGCAACUAAUGACACGCAGCUACAAUUGCUCGGACACCGGCGGCGACUCCUUGACGGACGACAGCCUCAGCCUGUACAACCAACAGCAGCAGCGUCAAUAUGCCGCUGCCGCCAAGCUCAAUCGUAGCUUAGCCGAGCGUUAUCGCCUGCUGGGUGACUGUGACUACGCCAGCGAUCCGGCAUUGUGCAGCCAUGGCGGCCAGGGGCCCAUGGAGCCACCAUAUAAGCCACCCAAAAGCCCCAGCAAAAUACCGUCACCGCUGCACACGCUGGGACGUGCGCGCAGUGCCAGUCGCUCGCGGCCGCCAACGGAUGCGUAUUUAGAGCAAACGGCUGCCGCUAUAAGCAACCUGCAGCAGUCACUCUCUCGCCGGAGCUCUGUCAAGUCGCCGGCUCAGAGCAGCCCGCAGCAUAGCCUGGAAUCUGGGAUGAUGGGAGCUGGAGCAGGCGGUGGCUACAGGCGAUCGCCUCUCCACCGGGCUCUAAUGACCAGCAGCAUCAAUGAGGCGCAGCUGCAGUUGCUGACCAGUGGGGAGUAUUUGCUGAAGCAGUUGCGUCGCCGCAAGAACUCCCUGGAAUAUGAUCCUGGCCAGGAGGUGGAGCAGGAUGAGCAGGUAGCUCCCACCAGUCCCCUGUCGCCGCUGCGUCGUUCAACCAGCUUCCAGCAGCAUCAGCAACAGGGACAGCAGCCAGUAAGGCAAGCACGUCCGAAUUUCCAGAACCUGUACACACCGCCCGCUGCCCGACAUGCCCACGCUUUGAGCACUGCCCACCAGCAGCAGCAGCAGUUGAAGAAAUCCGCCAGCAGCAACAACUUUGAGCAGGCCUACAGCGACUAUGACAAUGAGUUGCAGUACUACAUCAACGAUGAGGAUGAAAUGGGCACUACUGGGGCCUACUAUUCCAGCAACGAAGAGGAGGAGAUGGAGCAGGAAGGCAACCAGGGUGCAGUGCCUCUAAGCAACACGCGCAUGAACAAGGCUUUGCUGAUGCGAAUAGAAAGAAGCAAGCAACGUGUAGCCGGCGGAGGACCACCGGCUCCGGUGAAACCCACUUCAGCGCCAGUUGCUGGCAAGCUGAGCCUGGCACAAAGUGGAGCUGGUCUGGUGGCCUGCCCCAACACACCAGAGAUGCCGCGACGCGGUAUAAAAAGUGCACCAAGAGCAGCGCCAGGAUCUGGAGGUACACGUAACACACGCCAAUCCAUGCCCAGGGAGACGAGUCUCAGUCGUUUGGCCCAGCAGGUGCCCAGUUCGCUGGCCAAUGCCAAAAAGCAACUACUGCAAACGGCCAAUGCGGGUGUAAACUCCAAUCCUAGCGGGGGUCAGCGGGUGCAGCCAAAAUAUCUGGACAUCUCCAAGUACAAGUCAGCGCAGUCGAAUAAUUUUCUGCGUAAAAACGAUUCCAAGAGCACUUUGAAGCCGGCGGAUCAAAUGAAACGGAGUCCCAGUGCCUCCUCCAUGGGUCUUAGUCGAGGAGAGGGAACGAGAGCGAGCAAUAGGAGUGUGCGGAGUGCAGCCUCUGCCAUGAACACGAGCACGACUUCCUUGGGUGGUGGGACUAGCGGAGGCAGAGCCUCUUCUGCUGUGCGGCGUGAUCUCUCAGUUAACAAACAAAAGGAAGCCGAAAUGGCCAUGUGGAAGAGACGCUCAACUUAUGAUCCCAUGAAGGCGGCCGCCGAGGAUCGCCGCAAAAAGGAGGAGGCGCGUCGUGCCCAAAACAACCAGGCUCAGCGACAAAUGAACGAUUUGGCCGAUGAGGAAGUGCCUUUUGAAAGUGUGCUGCGUCCGGCCAACAAUCUAACCAUCACGAGCGGCGGCGUCAGCUACAGUCCGCGAAAUUCCAUGGAAAACGACGCCUGGACGCUUGGUGAGUCCUCCGAGUUUGGGGAGUAUCCCGAUGACUAUGAUGAGAACGAGGAGGUGGACGAGGAGGAUGACCAUGAUGAUGACUAUGUAGGCCAGGAGUCUGAUGAUGUUUUUGAAGCGGAGUCCGGCGAAGCUGCAGCCCAGUAAAUGAAACACACACACAAAACCAGCAACAGUGAUAUAUAUAAAUUUCGAUACAUAACUAUAUAUACUAUAUAUAGACAUAUGUAUAACAUAUUGUAUUUCUUAGCAAUCGAUGAAGAAGCUAUAAUAGGCAUAAUCAAGCUUCAUUACUAGAUUUAAAGCUGGCUUGAUUUAUCUUUUUUUGGUUUAUUUAUAAUUUAAAAACCGAAAAUCAUCGAAUAAUCGUAAUAAAAUGGAAUAUAUGCCAA